UCUUGUUCUCUUUCAUUUCUUCCUCUCUUUCUUCUUACCAAAUUUGUGUACUAGCGAAUGUUUUCAGAAAAAUUAUCAAAUGUGAGAUUAAUGGCAGAAAUUUUCCAAUCCGCACACUCCAAUAGAUUUCUAAUCUUAUUUUCUAGCGCACGCUGUUCUUCCGAAAACCAGAUUCUGAUUCCGAUUCCGAUUUGGUUUUCGCGACAUCCAAUUUCACGCUUCCAAUCAAUAAUGUGCAGCAAUUUGCCCCUUGGUUUCGCUUGAUUCAUGUGUUUUUUCACAGUUGCCAAAAACGUUGAUCUUCAAUCCUGUGACUUCCUGCCAGCUAUCGGCAAUUCUCGGAUUCCUGCCUAUCGUCGCCGCUUGGAUCUAUGCAGACUAUUUGGAGCACAAGAAGAACUAUCUUCAGAAAGUAAAUCUACCAAUGAUACCAGCUGGGAUCAACCGGUCCUUCCAGUUGUGUCAAUUUCAACCACCAGCACUGCUGAAGCCACCCCAUCCACUCCCAAUGUAGGUGAGGAACUGCUCCAGUGAAACCUGGCACAGGAUUGUCUGUUGCUGUCAAAACCCUCAACCAUGAUGGACUUCAGGGUCAUAAAGAAUGGCUUGCUGAAGCAAUUAUCUUGGUGAUUUUUUGCAUCUUAAUUUGGUCAAGUUGAUUGGUUAUUGCAUUGAGGAUGAUAAAAGGCUCCGUGUCUAUGAGUUUAUGCCUCGAGGAAGCUUGGAGAAUCACCUAUUUCAAAGAUUGAUUCCGGGAAUCAUCAUUUUUAUGGAACAUGCUAUGAAAAAGAUAUACUUUUCUUUAAAGGAACAGCCUAACAGCAUCAUAUGUGGAGGCACUUUUUAAAGGAACUAUUCAUUAUAUGAGGUAUUUGAUUUACAAUACCAGCGGCCUAGUGACUGAAUGAUGGUCUGCCAGCAGACUAUUUAACUCAGUGCUUCAUAUAAUGGGUAUGUUUUAUGUUGCAGGGUCUCUUCCUCUGCCCUGGUCCACCAGAAUGAAAAUUGCUCUUGGUGCUGCCAGGGGCCUUGCCUUGCUUCAUGAGGAAGCUAAAAGACCUGUAAUUUAUCAUGACUUUAAAACAUCUAAUAUCCUUGUGGGUGCAGUGUGUGACUCG